AUGGCAGGUCGGGGGACGCAGCGCUGCGGGGGGCCAGGUUUCGUCUGCGACGUGUCCGCCUCGGCCAAGCUUAACGGUUUUCCUGCCCUGGGCUGUCGGCUGCAGCUCUCUGCCCUGCUUUUAUUUGUCUCCGCUGAGCAAAAGGCGUGGAGCCAGCGCUGCGAGCGCCGAAAUGAGCAGGACUCGGGAGACUGGAAGCUGGUGGGCAGAUUCUAUGAUGAAAAUGGGGCACCGACAGAAGCCUUAAGGCAGGCUGAGGCUGCGAUUGAGGAAGCUCUGAAGUUCCAAGCAGAAAGCGAGCAGAGGAAGCAGCGGUUUCCACCCUGCAACUCUGAAUGGAGCUCUGCUAAGGGCAGCCGAUUCUGGUGCUCCAGACAGAGUGGGGGAGUGAACAGAGACUGGACUGGAGUCCCUCGGAAGCUGUACCGACCUGGUUCGAGGGGGAGUCACUGCGUGUGCGUCAGGACUACCGGUCCCCCAUGGGGCCAGCCGGACUCCACUGAGCACAGCGACAGAGGCGAUCUGGAUAACCCUCACCUGGAGGAGUACGACGGCUGCCAUCCGCUGGCCGAGCAGUGUGUCCUGAAGAGGAGUCCCCCAAGGCACGUUCAGGCAGAUGUGCCAGCUCUACCGGUCAUCAGUUGUGGUUGUAUGUGUGGAUGAGUGGCGGCAGAGCCGUCACACAGCGUUCGAGUCCCCAGUUGCGCUUUUAGAGCUGAAACUCAGCCAUGGGCUUGUGUCAUCUCUGGGAUCGGAGUGGGCUACUCGCUUCACACAACAAUCCUAACGAGAAAGCUGGGUAAAGUCUGCAGGAAAGAGCUGCAAAGCUGUGCUUCAUUGGUUCCACAACUUAGUGGGCAUUGUAAGUGUCAGCAUGUCAUUUGGUUUUGGACACGUCGUCUUUGACAAGAACUUGCAUUUAGAGGUCAAACCAUCCCCAAAAAUGAUUGGCAAGUGUCUUUAAAAUAGCUCUAAAAGUUGCGGCAAAUUCCAGAUUAUUAAAUAUCGUAAAAAGGAUUUGUGAGGGCAAGUCAAUGUCACAAGUUGGAGUCCUAGCAAAGAUGCAUCAGCUGUGUAACUUCUAAGCAAGUUUCAUCUUGCUGUAAUGCUUGAGCACUAUGCAAAUAGCGCUGAAAUGCUGAGGGGAUGGUUUUGAUCUUAAGCGCUACACAAAAAAAAUCAAAUAAGCUGCUGCAGGAAGGCAAGAUGGGAUGGCGUUGCUCUAAGUUAAAGUUGGUCAAAAACUAAUUCACAGCUUAUUCCUCAGUUUAGUGUUUGGAAACACAAGGGGGGGAAGGUUUGCCUUGCACUAGGAAUAAGUCAUCUAUUAAAGCAAACAAGGAGACUCCCUCACUGACCUGAAGUGCUCCAAGAUUACCUCGUUUCUACUCCAAUUCAAAAGCUCAGCUAGAUUCUCCCAUGGUAGAAAAGGGUGGGAACAGCAACAGUUACACAGGCGACAAAUCGACAUAGACAGUGCUCUAAAAAAGCUCACCAUUCAUCUGUACUUUAGUAAGUUUUAUUAAUAAAAGACUAAUGCAUCACAAUGUCAC